AGAGAGAGAGAGAGAGAGAGAGACAAACUGAACGACACAGAGAAACUGAGAGACACCCGGAGAGACAGAGAGAGAGGGGGCACCAGUACCAGAAGCUGGGGAAUUACCCUUCGCUCUCUGUCACUUGCGUUCUGUUUGCGCUCUGACAUCCUCCUCCUCCUCCUCCUCCGCCUCCCCCUCUUCGUCUCGAUCUACAAAAGUCGAGAUUUUGGAUCACCGGGAGAGAGUGAGAGAUCGAGAGAAGUAGAUAGAAGGGAGACUCAUUCGCUCACCCAUUCGCCUGCUCCUCACAAAAGACGAGCGACAGGGAAAAUCUGGACCACAGACCUCAGACCAGCUACUGCGUCCAGCGAGUGGAAAACUGUUGAGGAAACGAAAUAUAUCGGGCAUCUGGAGUGAGUCCAAGCCUGUCAACGUUUUCAAGAAUCAACAACCUCUUCGCUUGCUUCUGUUGUGUAAUCUUGGAUAGUUUGUUUACAUAAGAACUGCUGAGGCCACUAACAAGUGUUGGUUUUUGUUGUUUUUUCUUUUUUUCCUUAUCGCCAACACCCAGUACGUUUCCGGAGCCAGCUACCAGGCUAUUUUUAAAAAAAUAAAAAAUUAAGCAUCCGUGUCUGAAGUAAUGAGAUAUAACACUUGUGUUGUUCAUUGAGAAUGAACUGAGACAACGAGCUGACGUGUAGGACUUAAUCACAGGUCAGAACGCGCCGAGGCGUUGGGCUGCCAGAGAUUACCGAACUUUGACCUCCUCCUCCUUGCUCUUCAUUGACAAGUCGGUGGGGGAGUGAGUGCCUCCCUCCAGCCGCCUCUCUGUGUGUGCCUCGAGUAGGAGCUAGUUCGCAAAGGUGACACAGUGGAGUAGGACUAGUUUACUGCUUAUCCUCAGUGCCGGAACAGCAUUGGUGGUUUGUUUUGUUGGGUUUUUUUGUGUGGAUUAAGACACAUUUUUGUGUGUAUUUACGAGUGUAGGAGUGUUUUAUCUGGAGUGCCGGCCGGCUGAGAAGUCAGAGUGUGGGAGAUGUUGAGUGGGUGGGGACGCAUCUGGCGUUGGUGCUGUGUGUUCUGACGAGCAGAGACUGCUGGAGGUUAGCUCCGGGUGAGGGUCAAGUGACCGGGGAUAGUUCCCCGUAGCUGUACAUCACUGCUCUCAGUAAACUCAGUCGUGGCUGGUCCUACUUCUCCUGGUGGAGCAGCUGACGUCAUCACAGGAGUCUGCACUGUCCACGUGACCUUCUAACGGGAUAGCUGACGUCACAGAAGUCUGCAAGGACCAGGUGACUGACCAGUCGGAUUGACCAGUCGUGUUCAUGAGAGACGUAGGUCAGCCUCAGCUCUCUGGCCUGGUCGCGACGCACGAAGGGCUGCAGAGAGCCGUGCACACCACCUUCCCGCCGCCCCUACCACCGCUCACACCGCCCAUACCACUCACACUCUGCAUCUCUGGAGAACCCGCGAGCUGUGAGAAAGUUAGGGAUAGCAACAGCAGCAGUAAGAUCUGCACGCCGACUUCUCAGAAAUGGUCUGUGGAAAGUGUCAAUGUUUUAAGAAAUAUCCGUGUAUCCGAGUCGUCUCGCGCUCACUACUUCGACGUUAGCUGUGUAGACAGUUCUUUGAUUUUGACGUGCGCAGAGUCCAGCAGUUCGGACUCGUCACUUCUUAGCUUUGAAAGCGAGAGGAUCGACUCAAAGGACACAGUAGUAGCUGUUGACUUAGAUAAGACCAAGCCGUGCACGAGUGAGCACUCAGGGAGUAACGACAGACGUAGCGCCACUGUGCCCGGUGCCCAUACGGCUUGCAUGACCCACUCGCACCGUGCGCACACGCACUCGGCCUCCUCCUCAGACUACCAGCAAGCUCAGCUCCCUGAGAAAGCGGCGGCAACACCACUCGCGGCGGGGCGGCAGGCGGUGCUGUAUAUGUCUGCCGCCGGCGGCCGCCUGCACGCGUCCACGCCCGACCAGGACCACGCGCCGGGUCUGCUCAAGGUGUCCGAGGAAGAUGUGUCAGUGGCCUCGCAAAGCAGGUUCGUGGCUCCACCCGUGGGUCGCGCGGACAGUAGAGGGGAAGAACAACUGCCGCACCGACAUCUCGCCGCUACCUCCUCGGCCAUGGAGCCCCACCCCGUGUUCAAACACCCGGCCUCCGUGCAGCACAGCGCGCUCUUGUCCCACCCACACCCUUACAGCCAGUUCCCUCCAAUGUCGCAGCACGGUGCUCGAUCAGAGCAGACGAGCCAGGAGUUCCACGGAAUGGCCCAGCCUGCCAUGAUCGUCCGACCCAGACACUUCUCAGGAGGAGAACUACCCACAGAAGCGCACCGCCUGCACCAGCAGCAGAUGAUGCAGCAGUAUCACCACCAACUUCUUCAGCAGCAACAACAACAACAAAAACACCAAAUUCCGUAUCCGCCCACCAGCGGGUUCCCCAGAGACAGCGAGUCCGGGCUAAUGGCCAAGUACCCGAGCUCCCCCUCCCUGGUGACCAGCACCACGUGGUCAGCCCAGGACACGCCCACCAUCAGCCACGCCCACAGCCCGGAGCGACCUAUGACCUACCGGACGUCCAGCAGCAUCACGCCGGACUUCCCGAGCCCUGACCCCUCCCCAACCACCACCCCGGGCUCUUCCACCAGGGCCUCACCUCGCCCUGGGGACCGCACGGGCCGUACACACACCUCUCUCGGCUCUCUGGGCUCUCUCUCGGCCGCCAUGUCCACUAGCGGUCACUCGGGCCUGCACACGGCCCUGCCGGAGAUCCAAAUGUCGGAGCUGCUAUCCGAGGCGGAGCAGACAGCGCCUUGGAUCUCCCACACACCCGACAACCUCUCCCCGACGGUCCAGAUCGUGCAGAAACUGUCCCAGGCGACCGUGAGCGACCACCGCGCGCCGGAGAGCCCGAUGACCACGACGGUGAGUCCCGGAGACACGUCCCCGCGCACGUCCCGUUCCAUGCAGGUGUUGCAGGUGCCCACCCCCGAGCGCUCACCCUCCCUCUCCCCGUCAGUCAGCGCCAAGCACAGACAACUCUUCGUCUUCCCAGACGUCAACAACAGUGGCUCCGGUCAGACCAGUCCGUCUGUCUCCGCUGGCGGCAAGUCCGGUGGCGGGGGGCCCACUCUGGAGAGUGCUGGACUCUGUGUUUCGGUGCCCGGGUUCAAGUCCGAGCCGACGGGAGUGGUGCCCGUGGUGGCCUCUGGGAUCCCGCCCAGCAUCAAGUCCGACCCUCACCGCUGGCGACACGUGUCCUCCGGGAGUAGCGGUGACUCAUCCACCGCCGGCGACAUGGCACCGCUCCGCCCAGCGGCGCCGUCGGCGGGUCCCGGGACGUCCCAGCUAGCGCGGCAACGCUUCCUAAGCGGAGACACGGACGUGGACGACGCGCUACUCGACUCGGAGACCGGCUCCAGCGCCGUGGAGGACAGCAGUAGCAGUCGCGAGCAGAGUCCCUUCCCCGUCGUGGACGCCGGCGGGGUACAGUCGCCCAGCAGUCGCCGCGCCUCACCCUCCGCCGCGCACCGCUCGUCGCCGUCACCCUCACCGCUGGGCGCGCGAGCGUCGCCGUCUCCGUCAGGCAGGAAGAGUCUGCUGCGGCAACAAGGCAUGUCCGUGGACGACGACGGCGACGCGUUUCUCUACGGCGGAGAUUUCGACCGCGGUGGCGACGAGGACAAGCUCCAGCCGCCAAAAUUCAAGCGGCGUCUUCACGAGCGGUAUGUGUCCAGUCUGAAAGAGGAGCCGGGCCGCGGGGAGGACGCGGAUGCCGGGGGCGGUGGUGGCGGGGCGCUGAGUCUCCAUUCGUCCUCCUCCGAGUCGGACGUGAAGCCUGUGCUCAAGCUGGAGAAAGUGGAGGACGAGGAGGGCGGUGAGGAGAGCUCGCUACCCAAGUCCCCGCGCCGCUCCCUCGCCGACGAAAGUUACCGCGGCGACUGGCACGAGCUGAGCGCUGACGAGGGCGACGUCUUCAUGGAGCCGGUCAGAACCGCCGCUUCGCGUAGCGGCAAAACUUCGCGCCAGCAACAACAGCCAUUGGACCUGUCUCGGGGCACGCCGGGCCCACCCUUACCCCCCGGUCUAUACCGCACGGGUUCGUUACCCGAGUCGGACACGCCCACAGGGUCACCGGGGCCCAAGUCUCACUACUCGCCGCUGUUCCGCUCCUCGCACCGGCUCAACUACUCCCCGCACGCCCUCCUCUCCCCUCAGUCUCAGUCCCCGCUCUGCUCUGUCCCCGAGGGCGGCCGGAUCUUCAACUUCAACAUGCCCAGCCCGUACGAGGGCGCCCACUCGGACUCGGACAUCGUCUCGCCCUCUCCCAUGUCCCCGCGGUUCUUCACAUUCCCCUCCAUCGCGCCCUCGCACUCCGCUUCACCGCUGCUCACCACGCCCAUGUCGGAGGUGACGCGCCUGGCGGUGUCGCCCCGCGCCCUCUACCCCACCUCCCCCAUCCAGUUCUCGCUACGCUCUAAGGCCGUGGCUCACGUCAAGUGGGAGAACUUCUCCAAGCGAUCUUUCUCCGACUCGGACGUGGCCUACCAGUGCCCGGUGUGCGGCCAGGUGUUCCCCUCUAACGACAAUCUGGCCAAGCACAUGGCUAAACACCUGCCCACGGAAACGGUCCGCUCGGCCGACAACAACAAGAUCCAUUACUGCAAAGUCUGCGACCGAUCCUUCUCCCGUUCCGACAUGCUUACGCGGCACAUGCGGCUGCACACGGGACUCAAACCCUACGAGUGCAUGGACUGCGGCCAGGUGUUCAGCCGCUCCGACCACCUCAACACGCACAAGCGGACACACACGGGCGAGAAACCUUACCGCUGCCCACAGUGCCCCUACGCCGCCUGCCGCCGCGACAUGAUCACGCGACACAUGCGGACGCACGCCAAGCGCACGCCCAAGCGAGGCCGCUACCUCUCCGUGCCUGACGACGCGGCGUCAAGCGGCGACCUGCGGAAAUGUUCCGUGUCCAGCACGGAGACCUCCGAGUCUCAGGACCCGUCAGGCGGCAGAACCUGCUCCUCGCUCUCCAGCAUCGACAGCCUUGACCUGGAGCUAGGUCAAGGUCACUACCUGCUCCGGGCGAACCCGGCGAGCGUGGAAUCGUCGCUGCAGUCUCUGACCUCCGCUGAAGAAAGUGGAGGAGGCGUGAGACCAAAGCUGUCGACCAGCAGUCGCGACUCCGCGGAGACGGAGGAUUUCCCCGCCACGUUGCUCGGUGUCCCGCCGCCCCCCGCCGCCUCCUCCUGGCUGUCCGUGGAGAGCAGCGGCGGGGACACGGCAGGAGGUCUGGAGAAGCGGCCACCGCGAGAGCCCAGCCCCCACCCUCGCGGACAUUUCCUGAGCGGCGGCGUCGCCGCGCGGCAACAUCCCGCUCCUCACCAGCACCACUUUCAUCACCAAAAACACGAAGUCGCCUCCUCCCCCUCUUCCUCCUCCCCCUCCUCCGCGAUUCCUCCCCCGCUGUCUCGCCCCGUGCCCACUUUCAUGGGCAGCAGCAGCAGCAGCAGCGGCAGUGUGAGCAGCGGCAGCGUCAGCACGCACUCACCGCGACAGUCCAGCUCCAGCACCAGCUCCCAGCACAAGGACUCCCUGGACUCUUGAUGAAGGGCGGGCGUUCAGUCCUGUGGACAUCUCACUGACCGGCGACUGAACCCAGCCCAACCUUCUCACCCUUGGCCCAUUCCCCUCACCCCUGCCCCACCCCUCUCACCCCUCUCUCCCUGCCCCACCCCUCUCACCCCUCUCUCCCUGCCCCACCUAGCCACAUCCACUCACCUACCCGCUCCUGCCCGCCCCACUCACCCACCUAUUCCACCUCCACCCGUGCCCUUUUUCCGGUUGGCUAGCCGCAGCCUUUUCACAAUUCCUGUAUGACUUCUGCACCACAUCGGUGUUGGAGAGCCAUGUUCCCCCCCCCCCCUUUCCAAACC